ACACACACACACGCACAUACACACACACACACACACACACACACACACACACACACACACACACACACACACACACACACACACACACACACACACACACACACACACACACACACACACACACACACACACACACACGCACGUGCAAACCGAGGAGCUCCAAAAAUGUUCUUCUCUUACCUGCUUUUCAGACGAGCUUUCAAGAAGUUCCUCCCAAAGGGCGCCAUGAUGGUGAGCAGCAGCAGGUCCACAAGCCUCACUGCAGCAGCACCAAAAACACUUUGCAGAAGAAGGGAAAAAAGUUGGUGCGUUGUCCCACCAGGAACUUUGGAGGAGGAGGAGGAGUAAGAGGAAAAGUGCAUUCAGUGGUGCAACACUGCCCCCAUGCACCUGCACGACUAUCUGAGAGCGAGAUGCAGAUUCACUUGGCGUGCGUGCUCCUGCUGGGCUUCACCUGCGGUGGACUCUGCGCAGCUCAAGACGUGGACCAGGAGCAGCGAGCGAUAGAAGAGGAGCUCCUCAGCAGCUUGUUUGCGUCCAAGCUGCAACAAAGCCGGCAGAGCGCCCCCUACUGGCGCCUGUCGCUGGACAACCUGUGCGGGUUGCUGAGCGGGCUGCGGCAAGAAGCGUGGAGGAGCAGCGAGGAGGAGGAGGAGGAGGAUGCAGAGGGAGAGGAGCAGCCCAGGGAGCGCGGCGUCCAGAGGCUGGAGGAGCUUUACAGGCUGCAGCACAUCUGCCGAGCGCUGCAGAGCCAAGAAGACCGGCUUCGCCACGCUUCCCUGGAGUAUGCGCCCCAGAACGGCGAGACUCUGCUGAAGCGGAAGUCCCCCUACAUCCUGAAGAGACAGGCGUCUCACCGACCUAAGUCCCGGAGGCCGUACAUCUUGAAACGAAGUGCGAUUUACUGACAUCCACACGCCCUCCGACGGCCUCACGUGGGGAUUGGGGGUAUACCUUCCCGCCGCUAUCGUGUCUUCUUUCUCCCGCCUCCAUCGUGUCUUCUUUCUCCCGCCUCCUUGCCCAUGUUUUCGACCCUUUAGACCCAAUCCAACCGUUGCCUCGCCGGCCUCGCCGCCAUUGCUACCCUCAAGUGUCACUAGGUCCUUGAAAUAAAAUGUUCGCAUCACACUGAAGGAGAAGCUAUAUUUAUUUACAACAGGGGUGUCCAAACUAGGGCCAGAGCGUCUUCAGUUUGGCCCGCGAGGCAGCACAAGUUCAAUAAACAUCCACUGGUCAGAUUGCUGCCAUUUUAUUGACAUCUGAUAGCCAACAAAAGUACAUUACCGUAUUUUUCGGAGUAUAAGUCUAUCCGGAGUAUAAGUCUCACCUGCCGAAAAUGCAUAAUAAGGAAGGAAAAAAACAUAUAUAAGACGCAUUUUUGGGGGAAAUGUAUUUGAUAAAACCCAACACAAAGAAUAGACAUUUGAAAGGCAAUUUAAAAUAAAUAAAAGAAUAGAAUAGAGUUUUUAUAGUCAUUAUUGCAGUGAACAGGUUAAAAAAACAACGAAAUUGGAGCAUUUCCCCUAAGGUGCAUAUACAAUUUGGUAAUAUACUGUAAAUAGUAAAAAAAGAUGGAAAAUAAGAGAUGUAUCCAUAUGUAUGUAUAUAUAUACACACACAUGCAUAUAUGCAUACACAUAUAACAUUAUUGCACAUUAUAGUCCGAAAAAAAUAAAGACAUGACACAUGAGGACAUGAUGGACACAUUGUGCUCACUCAGUGCCUGUUUAAUGCUACUAUGGCUCUUGGGUAGAAGCUGUUUUUUAGUCUAAUUGUG